AUGGCCUCCAACCGCUGCUCGGGCCAUGUUACCUUCAAUGAAGUCUACAACGGAGCCAUCUCAGAAUGGCCCGAAAACCUCCCAGGAUACAUCUGCAAAGCACCACCAGUAGGCCCCGAAAGCGCGCCUCGCCUAGCUCAAUGCUGCUCAGGACACGUCUACAACAUCACCUCGCCAACCUCCCCCGAUGACCCAGCUUACCCGGUCACCUGUGCCACCCUCUGCCAGGUCGACCCAGCAUUUGACGCGAAGAACGAGAGCAACCCGUUCGGGUGGUCCGACUUCUUCAUGUGCCUGAGCGAUGGCGGAAAACCUGAUAGCGGGAUUGUUAAUUGCGGCACUGUGACCGUCAAAGGGGAGCCAGCGCCUACCUCGUUCUCGUCUACGCCGUCUGGAACCUGGUUGCAGGAUUGGACGACGUACUGGACUUAUGAGACUUACUCUGAUUAUAUGUUUACGUACUGGAUGGAGGUGGACGAUUAUGCUACUGCUGAUGGAGAACAUACGACGAAGACUGUGGAUGGGGCUGCCUCUACCUCUGCAACUACGACUGCUACGACCAAUCCUCCAUCCGGAACGGCGGCGUCGACUUCGUCUGGGACGGAUGCGUCUUCGACUGUUGAAUUAUCAUCGUCGUCUUCUAUUGAUCAAGAUGCAUAA